AUGACAGGCGCAUUGCUACAGGCCGUGCCUGCUGUAUCCGGCAGCGGCGAUUGCACUAUUGCCAUUGAUGCGAUCCUGUCGUCUUUCCCAAAUCCUGGCUUCUUCCACUGCCAACGCGGGCUCAUUGGCAUCGCUUCCGCGUGGAAAAAGCCACAGCCGAUUCGCCGGUCGCUCUCGGCAGCCAUAUCCGGAGAUGGCCACGACGACAAGGUCGGCCAGCCAGACGAACAGAGCACCCUCAACGGCACCAGCACGCGGCUGACUACGGCCAUGUAUGCCUGUCUGCGCUGCCGGCACUCGAAGAAGCGGUGCGACCGACAGCUGCCCAUCUGCACAGCCUGUCAUCGACUGGGCGCCAACUGCCACUUCCCGUCUCCGGCAGCCGGCAACGCCUCGCAGACGGCAGCGCUGCGGGCCCGCGUGCAGUGGCUGUCUGCCUUUGUCGACUCGCUGCUGCCGCCUGGCUCGGCUCCAGUGUCUUGCUACGACACCGGCAUCGACCUGCAUGCCGCCAUCGGCAUCGUCUCACGGCCGUCGCCACUGACGCCAUCCGAAAGCAGCAGCACCACCUCGACCACUACGGCCAUGGCUGCCGGCAGCAGCGGAAGCACAGCCACAACACCUGCCACACCACUAGCCUCAGCCUCAGCCUCUGCCACUUCAUCUCUGAUGGGCAUCACCACAACUAUCCCUCCGGCCAGCCGGCUGCCACCUCCACAGCUGCAGCUUCCGCUACCCCCGGCUCUGCAGCUCGCACUGUCGCCUCCACCGCCACCAUCAGCACCAGCAUCCGGCCCAUCAUCACGUUACUUGUUGGGCGAGACGUCGCCGCUGCUGCGUGCACCACCUCGGCCUCGGCUGCCGGCUGUGCGGACGUUUGCGCAGAACAUUGGCGUGGACGGCAUGGCGGCGGUGCGGUCAUACUUCCGGCACAUGCACCGGUCGUACCCGUUCCUGUACGAGGCGCAGAUCGUCGAGGACGCGGGCUCGAGUGCCGGCCGAGCUCUGUACGCCGACGGUGGCGAGCUGACGCCAACGUUGGCUCGACUCUAUCUAGUGAUGGCAGUGGGCGUGGAGGCCGUGUGGCGAUUCAACCGGCCGGCAGUGGACGCGCCGAUCCCGGUGAUCCCGGUGCCGUAUCAAGACGUGGUGCAGUUGUGUCUGGGAGGCACGCGCAGCGUGGUGACGGUGGAGGUGCUGCUGCUGCUGGCGCUGUGUUCGCUAUUCGAACCGGAACGUUGGUCGUCGCCGUGGACGUUGAUGGGGAUUCUGGCGCGCGAGGCCGUGAUGCUGACGCUGAACCGGCGAGCCGAGCCAAACUCGCGAUCGGGACCGGCUCCAGGCUCGAGCUCGGGGUUGACGCUGCAGGCGAUGGGGUUUCGUCACCGACUGUUCUGGUGCAUCUUCUCGCUGGACCGACUGGUGGCUGGCGUGUUUGGGCUGCCGCUGGCCGUGCAGGACUAUGACGGCAAUCUGCCGCUGCCAGGCGUCACGACCGAGGAGUUUGCCGCAUCUGACCAGGCCCAACACAUUGCCACGCUGCAGAUUGCGCGCCAGGCCAUUGCUCUGCGUCUCAUCGAGGGCCGCUGUCUGGAGCUGGUGCACCUCAACAGCACCGGGGCGCAGACGAAGUUGCCGAGCAUGCGGGAGCGCCGGGCUCUCGUCGACGAGCUCCGGGCCGCUGCCGACAACUGGUACACGCAGGGCUGUCUGCUGGCCCGACGUGAAGCCCGGGCUGCCCACUUCCAUAAUACCAUCACCUGGCUCAACACCAACUACCACGGCAUUCUGCUGAUGCUCUACUGUCCGUCACUCUUCAACGACGGCGCUGCUGCUGUCCGGCCCGACGACCUGCUCGAUCUGCACCGCACCCUGCGCAUGUACACCCAGAGCGUGCACGCCCAGUAUGCCGACCGCCAGCUGGCCCUCAACUGGACCACGCUCAGCCGCAUGCUCGUCGUCUGUCGCAUGCUGCUGCACUGCCACUUUGCCUGUUGUGGGGGCACCCCAGGUCCUGGGAGUCCUCGUCACGUCAUCAUCCUCGGUGAGCAGCUCGACAUGGCCCUGCAGUGCCAGGAGUGCCUCUCGGCCUUUCACGUCUCGUGGGUCUAUGCCCGCCAGAGCCGCCACGUCUACCAUCGGCUGAUUGCCGUCCUGCGUCGCCGUCUGCAGAUCGAGGAGACUCGCGCCAGCCAUGGACCACUGGGAGCACUGGGAGCACUGGACGGGCUGCCGGUCUCGUCCACGGAACCCAGUCCCGACGUUGACGAUAUCCACAACAUCUGCGACGAGGCUGAGCGGCUGAUCCGCGACGCUCUCGGCCGGUCCAGCUGCUACACCUACAUGGAGGGCGAGCCGCGGCAGCGGGCGAUGUGGAAUGACGAAUGA